AUAUAUUGGAAAAGAAACCAGCACACAUCCAUUCUUCUUCAGAAUCCCAUCCAUGUUGGAAAAAGUUUAUUUAUUUGUUCAUUUUGCAUAUAACUCUCACUAAUAAGUUUCCAAUGGCAACUCAUAAUCAUUCUUCCGAGAUUCAUUCGGACACAGACACUGACCGCAGCGGUCCUCUCAACAACAAACGGCGCUCUUCCAAGAAGAGCGCCAGGUUCAACCUUCCUCCUACCGAAAUAGAGACCACUCCCGAUGAUUCCUACGUCGAGAUCACUCUUGAUAUCCGGGAUGACUCUGUCGCCGUCCACAGCGUUCAGACGGCUAAUCACGAGGAUCCUGAACUGGCUUUGCUUGCCAAAAAGGCGCUCGAGACCAAGUCAGCUUCCUUCCGGUCAUCUUUGUUUCGCAACACGUCGUCCCACAUAAAGCAGGUGUCUCAAGAGCUCAAACGUUUUGCUUCCUUCUCCCGGAGAACCUCUUCUGCCGCUAGAAGGUUUGAUCGAACCAAGUCAGCUGCUUCUCACGCGUUGAAGGGCCUCAAGUUCAUCACCGCCAAAACUGGCGGUGCCAAUGGAUGGUCCGCAGUUGAGAAGAGAUUUUUACAGCUUACCGCUAACACCAACGGUCUCCUUCACUCUUCCUCCUUCGGUGAAUGCAUAGGCAUGAACAAGGAAUCAAAAGAAUUUGCUGGUGAAUUAUUUGGAGCACUGACACGAAGGCAUAACAUAAAUGGUGACUCCAUUAACAAAACACAGCUCAAAGUGUUUUGGGAUCAGAUUUCUGAUGAAAGCUUCGACUCUAGACUCCAAAUCUUCUUCGACAUGGUGGACAAAGACGCCGACGGAAGAAUCGCCGAAGAAGAAGUAACGGAGAUCAUAAGCUUAAGCGCUUCCGCAAACAAGCUGUCCACCAUUCAGAAACAAGCUAAGGAGUAUGCUGCUCUGAUUAUGGAAGAGUUGGACCCUGAUAAUGCUGGAUACAUCAUGAUUUAUAAUCUGGAAACUCUGUUACUACAAGCACCCGACGAGUCCGUGAGGAUUAGAGAUAGCAGAGUGUUGAGCCAACUGCUGAGUCAGAAACUGAAGCCUACGCAGGAGAACAAUCCGUUCAAAAGAUGGUAUGAAAAGGGAAAGUACUUUUUUUUGGAUAAUUGGCAGAGGGUGUGGAUUAUGGGGUUGUGGCUGGGAAUAGUUGCUGCUUUAUUCACGUACAAGUUUAUACAGUAUAAGAACAAGGCGGUGUUCGAGGUCAUGGGCUACUGUGUCUGUGUAGCUAAAGGAGGGGCAGAGACCCUCAAAUUCAACAUGGCCUUGAUUUUACUCCCAGUCUGCCGAAACACCAUUACUUGGCUCAGGAACAAGACCAAGUUGGGUGUUGUUGUGCCUUUCGAUGAUAAUCUCAAUUUCCACAAAGUGAUUGCAGUUGGAAUAGGGAUCGGAGUCGGACUGCAUGCGGGGGCUCAUUUAACGUGUGAUUUUCCUCGGCUUCUUAGCGCGACUGAGGAGGAAUAUGAGCCUAUGGAGCCUUAUUUUGGGGAGGACCAACCUGAAAACUACUGGUGGUUCUUGAAAGGAGUGGAGGGGGUGACAGGCAUCAUUAUGGUUGUCCUGAUGGCUAUAGCAUUUACACUGGCCACUCCAUGGUUCAGGAGAAACAGGCUCAAUCUUCCCAAAUCCCUCAAGAAACUCACCGGCUUCAAUGCCUUCUGGUAUUCUCAUCAUCUCUUCGUCAUUGUCUAUACACUCCUCAUUGUCCAUGGUAUUUACCUCUACCUCACCAAGGAAUGGUAUCAAAAAACGACAUGGAUGUAUCUGGCAGUGCCCGUAAUCUUGUAUGCAUGUGAGAGAUUAAUUAGGGCAUUUCGAUCGAGCAUCAAGUCUGUCAAGAUUCUAAAGGUGGCUGUCUAUCCAGGAAAUGUGCUAGCAUUGUACAUGUCAAAGCCGCAGGGCUUCAGAUAUAAGAGUGGACAGUACAUGUUUGUCAACUGCGCUGCAGUCUCUCCCUUCCAAUGGCACCCGUUUUCAAUCACAUCGGCACCAGCAGACGACUAUCUGAGUGUCCACAUUCGAACAUUAGGUGACUGGACGCGCCAGCUCAAAACUGUUUUCUCUGAGGUUUGUAAGCCUCCGCCAGCCGGCAAGAGUGGACUGCUGAGAGCUGAGGGAGACAACCCAGCAGGGUUUCCAAAGAUAAUGAUAGACGGCCCAUAUGGAGCUCCAGCACAGGACUACAAGAAAUAUGACGUGGUGCUGCUGGUAGGACUUGGAAUAGGGGCGACACCCAUGAUAAGCAUCGUGAAGGACAUCAUUAAUAACAUGGAGGAUGAGGAGUCAUUGGAGAGGAACAACAAGGCAGGGUGUUCGACGUUCCGGACGAAGAAAGCAUACUUCUAUUGGGUGACGAGGGAACAAGGUUCUUUCGAGUGGUUCAAAGGAAUAAUGAAUGAGGUGGCAGAAAUGGAUGACAAGGGAGUGAUAGAGCUGCACAACUACUGCACCAGCGUGUAUGAAGAAGGGGACGCCAGGUCAGCCCUCAUUGCAAUGCUUCAGUCCCUCCACCAUGCCAAGAACGGCGUGGAUGUUGUUUCCGGCACCACCGUCAAAUCCCACUUUGCCAAGCCUAAUUGGCGCCAAGUUUACAAGAAAAUCGCACUUCACCAUCCUGAUUCAAGAAUCGGAGUCUUCUACUGUGGGGCACCAGCACUAACGAAAGAGCUCAAACAAUUAGCUUUGGAUUUCUCCCGCAAGACCUCCACUAAGUUCGAUUUUCACAAGGAGAACUUUUAAGCAACCAACGACGUGCCUCAUUUUCAUGUACCAAAUUGGCCACCAUUUACACAUGAGUCGUCAUCAGCACCCGCGCAAGCUUCCAAUACAAAACCCAAUACUUUUAUUUCAUUUAUUUUUUGGACUGCAAAGAUAUUUUAUUUACUCAACUUUUUUAUCUGCUCCUUAAUUUUAUCUAAUUUUCUGAGCAUAUUGUUGUUUCAGUUGAUCAUAUAUGAUUCCAUCUUAAUGUUAAGGAUUCCAUGACAAAA